CGCCUAUUGUGUGUGUGUGUAUGUGAGAGAGAGAGAGAGAGAGAGAGAGAGAGAGAGAGAUGAGGAAAGGAAAAGAUCGAGUAAGAUCAGAAACAGGAGAAGAAGAAGGCAACGGAACAGGGAAAGGAGGGAAAGGUUUCUACGCUUGCUACCUCCUCUGCUCCUUGAGCCCAAGACACAAAGGCCAGACUUAUAUAGGGUUUACAAUCAACCCUUGUCGUCGGAUUAGGCAGCAUAAUGGUGAAAUAAAUUGUGGUGCAUGGAGGACGAAGACAAAGCGUCCUUGGGAAAUGGUAUUAUGCAUAUAUGGUUUCCCAACAAACGUAUCUGCACUCCAGUUUGAGUGGGCCUGGCAGCAUCCAGUGGAGUCCUUGGCUGUUAGAAAAGCAGCUGCAGAAUUCAAAUCCGUCUCUGGGGUUGCCAAUAAGAUCAAGCUUGCCCACACAAUGCUUAAUCUCCCUGCAUGGCAGAGCUUGAACCUCACUGUUAACUUUUUCUCGACAAAAUACAUGAAACACACUGCUGGAUGCCCGAGCUUGCCAGUGCAUAUGAAAGCCCAAAUUUGUUCAAUGGACGAACUUCCCUGCUACAUGGGAGAUGAGCAAAUUUUAAUGAAUAAUGAAGAUGACUGGGUAGCUGAAAGUGCAUAUGAUGAUGGACCAGUAACACAGAUGAAUAUACAAGUUCACGAUUUUGCCAAAUAUCAUUGUAGCAUUGAAAUGACUCAUGUACAAAUCGGAAGGAUGGAAGAUGAUUAUCGUUUUGGAGAGCCCAUAGGCCCCCUCACUCCAAAGGAAGGAGACCACAGGGUUCCUGUUUGUGCUGGUGAAUGUGGUAUAACCAGCUCUUUGGAUACAGAAGAAACAGUUGAAGAUAGAGAUCCCUUUGAGAUUAUGGAGAAGGAUGAUAUGAAAUCAUGUCAGCCAAACAAGCUGCAAACACCCAAAGCUUUUGAGAAUGAUCAACCAACAUCAACUGAUGGUCUUCUUUCCUCUUCGGAAGUUGAGAUAAUAAAUUUGUUGACUCCCCCUCCUAACUGCAUUCUUAAGAAGAGAGCUUCCCCAAAUUUCCCCAAAAUUAUUGACUUAACAGAGUCUCCUGUUUUCAUCCAACUAUGAGAUGUCGGAUUUGUAAUAUGCAAUUAAAAACAUAAAAAGCAAUUUCUGGCUCUGAAAUAAGCAUUUUCUACUUCUAUGUAUCAUGUGUUAAUUGGAAAUUCCUUUUUCAAUUAGAAGAGUGUAUUAUCCA